AUAGUUGGCUAUUCGCGUUGUUUCCUCGCUUUCUGAAACUGUUAAAUACGGUGAUGUCAUGGUGUGGCGGUUAGGGAGUCAUUUCCUUUCUCACUUCAUUUCGCGCGCUCACUUGGUUUGACGCUUUUUACCUGUGUUAAAAACACAGUAUCGAAGUACUUUCGUAUUGUUUUCAGUAUUUUUAAGUCGCUGUUCUUGAGUUUUUAAUGUUUGUUUUUAAACUGAAGAUGAGACACGAGUAGAGUAGGAGGUGGAGGACGAGGAGGCGGUGUUUUAUGGCAAGCUGUAGUAACAAUUAUUUCUUAAGACUAUUAUAAUCUGUUUAAUUGUACUAGGUAGCCUAAAAAACUAGGAAGUAAUCCAUUAGUGACCCAUAGUUUGACCUUUUUUGGCUACUAGCCACCAUCCUUAAACUGCUUACUUUUUUCAGUUGUAAUAGCACUUUUUUUUGCUUUUCCAGUUUUAGUUGUAACUACUUUAUUGGACUAUUUGUCUAUGUCUUAGUUACUCCAAUAGUUAAGCCAACUAGUAUUUCCGUUUUUUUUAAAUAGCAGUUAAAUAGAUAUUAGUACCUAUUAGACUCUAAUAUGCAUUCUGAUAAUUACUUAUAAAUAUAAACUUUACUUAUAAGAUUAAAAUCAGUCUAUAAAGUAGUCUGUUUGACUAGUAAUCAAAUAAACUUUAAGUAAAAUGACAUCUUUAGGAACUAGAGCUAGUAACUAGUCAUUUUAGUAGCCUACUUCUAUAGUUACAGCCUGCUCACACCAAGGACUUAUAACUAUAAAGAUAACGAUAAAGAUAGUUCUAAAAAUCAUUCUCAAUAUUAAAGAAUAACAAAGUCUAGAGCAAAGCUUUAACGAUAAAGGCACGGAGAAACAAGAUUGCUGAAAUCACUUUCAGACAGUUUAUUUUUCUCCAGCUGAUGAAUGAUAGAAAAACAUUGACACCCAAUCAGAAUCCAUCCUGCAAUAACAAGCUCAAGAAUUUAAAGGGGCAGAUGAGCAUGUGCUUAGAAUAAAGAGACAAUAUUGUCCACUUGUGUGGAUGCUAAUAUCUUUAUAGUUAUCGUUUUUGGUGUGAACGGGGCUUUAGGCCUAUUAAUAUUCCAGUUUUCUUUGUAGCAAUUGCAUAUAAAUUAGUACCUAUUUAUUAGACACUAAUAUGUAAUAUAAUACAAGUAAUUUGUUUGAUAAGUCAUUGCAUAAAUUAUUAUUAAAAAUGUGUCUUCAAAAUAGGUACAGUAGGUCUACUAUCUAAUAAAUAAUCACUAUUAGAGCUAUAGAUUCCAGUAAUCUGGCAUGGUUAAUAGGGAUAGUUACUGGUGAAAUUGAAAAAGAACCUAGUCAUUAUUUCAUACCUUAAAAAAACAAGUAACAGUAAUGUGGCGAUAGACACCAUUUAGUUUAAAAGAAUAUAUGUUAAAUAGGCUUGCCGCAGGAGGUUGACUCCGUCUAGUGUUCGUCAUAUUGGGGGAGGAGCUUAUGUUGUGACAAGAGCGACUGCUGCUUCUUCUGAGUUUGUCAGCUCAGCUCCCGAAAAUAGAAGCCUUGUGUCAGUGUGACUGAAAAUACAUUUAUGUCACAGUGUAUCCACGGGAGUCACUGAUACACAGUAUCUAUAUACAGCGAGGGGGACCGCGAAGCAAAAAAGGGCAUUUUACCCGAGGAGGAGAAAGCACCAGGAAGCUUGAAAGUAGAGAGAAGCAUUGAAAGGGAAGGAAGAAAGAACGUAAAUAAGACCUGAGCUGGAUAUUUUGGGUCCAGGACUGAGGAUUGCACGGCUUCGUUUGUUAGGAUCGUGGUCUGGACACCUGAAGAAAAAGACGCAGAAAGAAAGACUGAGAGAGAGAAAGACUCGAGAAGAAAGAGUGAAGUACAAUGUACUAGGGGAGUGAAGGCAGACAAACUCUCGUGUUUUUCUGAUAUUCUCGGGGUGUCAGAGAGACCAAGCAGGACGCCAAGAUGGGACGGAAGAAGAUACAGAUCACACGGAUCAUGGAUGAGAGGAACCGGCAGGUUACCUUCACAAAACGGAAGUUUGGUUUGAUGAAGAAAGCUUAUGAGCUCAGCGUUUUGUGUGACUGUGAGAUUGCUCUGAUCAUAUUCAACAGCUCGAACAAACUCUUUCAGUAUGCCAGCACUGACAUGGACAAAGUCCUACUUAAGUACACAGAAUACAACGAACCCCACGAGAGCAGAACCAACUCUGACAUUGUAGAGGCGCUUAACAAGAAAGAACACAGAGGCUGUGAUAGCCCGGAUCCUGACGCCUCAUAUGUCCUCACCCCUCACACAGAAGAAAAAUAUAAAAAAAUUAAUGAAGAGUUUGAUAAUAUGAUGCGAAAUCAUAAAAUCCCGACGGCCUUGCCCCCGCAGAACUUCUCCAUGCAUGUGGCUGUGCCAGUGACGAACCCCAACGCCAUGUCCUACAACCCCGGGGCCUCUCUGAGCAGCCAGAGCCUGUCGGCCGCCGCUGCCUCUCUGAGUGACGGUGCCAUGCUGUCUCCUCCUCAGGGUUCGCUGCACAGAAACGUAGUGUCUGCCGGACCCCCACAAAGGCCCUCCAGCACAGGCAGCGCAGCAGGAAACGGCUUCGUUAACCCGAGGGGCUCGCCGGGGCUUCUGGGUACACCCAGCGGGAACGGGCUUGGUAAAGGCAUGCAUGCGAAGUCAUCGCCGCCACCGGGGGGCAACAUGGGCAUCGGCGGCCGCAAGCCAGACUUGAGAGUCGUCAUCCCCCCAUCCAGCAAGGGCAUGAUGCCACCCCUGAACACCCAGAGGAUAAGCAUUUCCCAGUCGACCCAGCCUCUGGCCACGCCGGUGGUCUCUGUCACCACCCCGAGUCUGCCACCACAAGGCCUGGUCUACUCAGGCAUGCCCACUGCCUACAACUCUGAAUACUCCCUGAGCAGUGCUGAGCUCUCCUCUCUGCAAGGCUUUGGCUCUCCAGGGCUCUCUAUAGGCUCAAUGUCGGCAUGGCAACAGCAUCAACUGGGCCAGGCAGCUCUCAGCUCGCUGGUAGGUGGCGGUCACUUACCUCAGGGCUCCAAUCUCUCCAUCAACACCAGCCAGAAUGUCAACAUUAAAUCCGAGCCCAUCUCUCCUCCACGUGAGCGCAUCACCCCGUCCGGCUUCCCACCCCAGCAGCAGCAGCCUCCCUCCGGCCGUCCUGACAUGGGCCGCUCGCCCGUCGACAGCCUCAGCUCCUCCUGCUCCUCCUACGACGGAAGCGACCGGGAGGAUCACCGGCCCGAUUUCCACUCCCCACUCGGCCUGGGUCGACCCCCAGCCGCCGGGGCCGAAGAGAGGGAGAGCCCCACGGUCAAGCGCAUGCGCAUGGACACCUGGGUGACAUAAAGCUGUCCCGAGCCUGACAGCCAGUCAGUCACACGCAGGGCUGGGCAGGGGGAAAGGGAGAGAGGCGUGACAGCAGGGAGGGUCAUUAUUGUGUUUAUUCUAUUGUUAUAAUUUAACGUCAUUUCACUUUUUUUGUAAGUAGGUAGAUGGGGAAAGAAAUUGAAAAUGUCCUGACAUAUCGAAAUGAAGCAGAUGAGUGGAGAGAGAGAGAGAGAGAAUCUCAAGUCAAGCAGUCAGAAUGAACGGUGUACUCAAACAAACAGGUGUUAUCAGGUACUUGAUGCAAAUUGUAUUACGUAAAAGUCCAAUGUUUGAAGAAAACCUUUUUCGAUUAUUGUCAUCACUGGAGCAGUUUGACACUCCUAGCUGUUUUCGCUGUUGAUUUCGCAAACAAUCAAAGAAAGUUCUGGGCGGCUUUCUGUCUGAAAGCUUCUGCCUUCUGGGCUCAUGUAUUAAACAAUCUGCAUCUGCACUCGCCCCUAUACAGUAUGAAGUAUGUCACUUAUUAAUUUAUUUAAAGGUAUUUGAUGAUAGAUUUGGAUCAGUUUUACGGGGGAAGGCUUGUAUCUAAAAUGAGAUCACAUUACACCUUAGUCAAGACAUUAAGUGAAAGAAAUGAAAAUGUCUCUAAAUUAAUAUCAAUCUGAAUUUUCAGUCCCUUUUAAACAGCGUUUUUAACAAAUGGGAAAAGAACAGGUAUCCCAGUCGAUUUAAAGACAGAUAGCAAGUCAUUGUACAUUCAUGCAGCUCCAACAACUCAAUGGUAACGCAAGCCAAAGCCUCUAUGUCAUUUUGUCGUACUGUAGGUUGGGAUUUUUCAGCAUUUCUCUCUCGAUGUUUGUUUCAUAUUAGUUCUGUCAUAGUGUGCGUUGUUACAAACAUUGGAAAACGAUUAACAUGCAAAGCAGAUCUUGAAACGAUAUCUAAAGCCAUGAACACUUGCUGUUCUGUUUGUAAAUUAAAGAUUUGAGCCAAACCUUUUUUUCUUUUGUUAUGUACAUAGCAACUUUAAUAUAUAUAUAUAUAUAUAUAUCACUUUUGGUGUAAGUACGUAUGUAUUGUACCUUCACCAGAUUCAAGAAAAAAGUAUAUUUUUGUGGAUUACUGCCAAGUUUACAAGGCGAGAUCCUUAUUAAGUAGAGUAUUCACUGGUUAAUAUUUACUAUUUUGUUAACUAUACUGUACUUUCUUCAAAUCUGACUAUUAUUGGUAAUAUUCAAAGUGUGGUUUUUUUUCCCCAAGAAGGUCGCCUUUUGGGUCGUUUACCCUUUAAUGGUGGUGAAUGUCUGUCCAUAAGAAAUUGUAACAACAGAGCUGUAUGAUUCAAGCUCGGCUGUCUUUAUUUUUUUUGUUUUGUAAAACGAUACUCGCCAUGCUAAGAAAAAAAAAAAUAUUGAUUCAUUUCUUACAACUGUUUUGUGAGGGAUUAGCCUGCAGCUGCUGAAUACACUGCCUACUUUAACCCAUCACGGCUUAGAUGCACUAUUCAUUGAGAUCCAGUACAAGACACAUUUCUCUAUACAGACAUUCCCCCAAGUUCGAAUAAAAAGCUCAUGUUACUAAAUUCAUUUCAACCAAAUCCCUCAUAUAUUGUAAAUACCAUAACUUUAGGUAACCCUAAUACACACCUGCAUACUAUGUACAGAACACCUUUCCAGUUAUUUUGUGAAUUGGCUCAUCUACAGAUUUCCUAAUGUAAAGGAGACACAUUAAGGAGGCAUCCGUCGCAACGUUCUGUAUUGCUGGACAAGAGGGGGCGCUGUAGCUCUCUCCGCCGUCGCGUUUUGCUCUCUGUGUGCAUAUCUCUUCACAUGUGGCUGUUUGUUUUUUGCGGCACAAACGUCUGGUAGCAGUGGCCUCCGGCUUGCAUCACACCUCACAGCCCCUCAGGUGUCAAAGCUAAAGAUGGAAAUACUAGACAAUGCAAACUGACUUGGACAUGAUCUCUCUAACGGAUUGCAAAACAAAAGUUUGUUUGUUCAAGUUUGCCAUCGGACGCUUUGCUCUUUAGAUUUGUUAUGUAUUGGGUCAUUGUGCACAUACCUCCCUGCCCUCUUGAGCACCACAGCAACUGGCAAUAAGCUGAUAUUAAUCUAUGCAGUCCCCAACCCACACAUAGCCAGGAACACAGAGCAUUCACAUUAAAAGUGGAAUUUUUAAAGGGAUCGUUUACCCAAAUACAAGAGUUCUGUCAUUUACUCAAGUUGCUCCUACCCAGUAUGCAUUUCUUUCUUCCGCUGAACACAAGAGGCUUUUUGAAGAAUGUUGUGACCAAACAGUUGAUGCUCACCAUACUGUUUAUUUCCCAUAUUAUGGAAGUCAAUGGGGACCAUCAACUGUUUGGUUACCCACAUUCAAAAUAUUUUAAGUUUAACAGAAGAAAGAUUUUCAUACGGGUUUGGCAUAACUUGAGGGGGAGAAAAUGAUGACAGAUUUUUCAUUUUGGGCUGAACGAUCUCUUAAUAGUAAUAAUAAAUUGAGAGGAAAAAAAAAAUUUAAGCAUGCAUAUUAUACUAUCACAUAUUCAUUAAUUACACAAUGUUGCCUAGUUCAUGAAUAAAGUGCUCUUUAUAGAGCAGGUGAGAAAACGACUGUUAACCCUUUGUCCUUAAGUGCUUUAGUUCACCCAAAAAUGAAAAAUCUCUCAUUAUUUACUCAGUAGUUCCAAACUUAAAUUUUUGGAACACAAAAUAUUACAAAAUUGCAAUUAUAGCUGUUGCCCAUAGCAUUGAUACAACUGGUUUUGAACAAGAUGACUAAAUGCUCUCUCUUUUUUUUUUUUAAAGGUGAACUAUCCUUCUAUGAUUACAUACAAAGGCACACCGACUAAAUAUGAAAUCCACAAGAGCCAUCCAAGCACUGCUUUAGGUUUAGCUUUAGAUUUAACCUCAGAUGUGUACAAGCUUUGUUGGCUCGGCUGAAUCGAAACGCCCAUGAGAAAGUUUUCUGAUGUCUGUCAAAAUCAUUUAAAGUUGAUCACAAUCAAAGCUUUUCAGGUUAGACAAGCAAUAAUGCCAGCCCGGUGUUAUGAAAGCACUGCGGCCUUAAAACAUGCACACACGAACACUCAACAUUAGUGCUUGAUUAGGAAUCAGGGAGUUUCUCUGCUUACAUGCACAAUUAGAGCCUUAUUCCAAAGAGUUGCUGGUGUUCAGAAUCAAAUAUAUCACUCAUUACAUUUUGACUUCAUCAAAACAAAAUCGCCCUCAUGUUAGGGGUUCCUAUAAAUGCACGGGAGAAAUACAUAAGAGAUCUGAAGAGAGGAGGCUGUUCCUUUGGCGCAGAGUGCUGUGUCACAAACCGUUGAAUGUGGAAGAAAGGGAUAAAGAGGAAACAACAAUUGUUUGUUGCGUACUUUCUUCACUUUGCUGUGUAAGAGUACACUGCUUUGCUUUAUGGCUUUUUCUAAAUCAGAGUUAUGUAUUUGGUAAUUGUUUGUAGUUACUAGUUCACUUCAAGAAGCUGUUUGCGGUUUGGAUGCUCAAACCGUUUGGCGGCACAAGCUGGACUUUGUUGCCAUAACUGAAAUAAGAUGUUUCGAAAAGGAAAAAAAGAAGAAAAAGAAAGAAGAAAAAAAAAAGAGUAAAACAUGAGAGAGAACUUUUAAGUUAAUCUGCAUUAUAUUUCCCUUGAAUGUGUUGUUUUAUCUGCAUUAUACAAUAAAUAUUCUAGUGAACUUUCUAUUGAAUGACUAAGAUAUUAUGCUAGAGAUUGUUGUACAAAUUUGUAUUCUGCAUUCACUAAAGUAAAGAUAUUGGCUUUUAUUGUGUAACAUAGGUUCUCUCGCUUAUUCUGUGCAAACUGAAGUGAACAGUUCUCUGAAUCUGAGUAGACUUUGUCCACAUGUGAAGUCCCAAACAUUAGAAUCUGUCCGCUUUAUUAAAAACCUCAUUGUACCCUCAAA